CUGUGCAUUGAAUGGAAAAUAUACGUAAACGGGGAAAUCCUUCGCGUUUUUAAUUGUUAUUUCAGCUGUGCAUUUAAGUAAUUAGUGAUUAAAAGUGCUAAAAAUUCUUAAUCAUGGCUUCUAUUCCCCUAAUGUAUGCUCAGGAAGACUGUGAACUUGGUGGGAAAGAAAACAUUGAGGAUGACUUCGCUUACCGGAAUAACGUGAUGAACGCGGACAAGGAGAUCCGGCUGGGCUUCGUGCGGAAGGUGUACGGGCUGCUCACGGUGCAGUUACUGGCGACCACCGCCAUCGCCAGCGUGUUCCUGCUCGUCAAACCGGUGCAGGGGUUUAUACACGAGAACAACUGGAUGGUGUUCGUCGCGUUUAUCCUGAGCAUGAUCACGCUGUUUGCUCUUAUCGCCAAGCGCCGAGACUCCCCCGCUAACCUCUACCUGCUGGCUGGCUUUACCAUAGUGCAGGCAUACUCCAUCGGCGUGGUGGUGUCUUACUGUGACACAGCGGUGGUGCUGCAAGCACUGGCGAUCACCCUUACUGUCGUGUUCGCUCUCACGUUGUACACGCUCAACACCAAACGUGACUUUUCCUUCAUUGGAUACGGACUCGUCGCCGGCCUCUGCGUACUAAUCGUGGGCGGUAUCCUGCAGAUAUUCAUCCAAAGCUCCCUCUUCGAGAUCGCUCUGUCCUUAACCGGAGCAGUCCUUUUCAGUCUUUUCCUGAUCUUCGACACACAGCAGAUGAUGACCCAACUCUCCCCAGAAGAAUACAUCUUAGCCACAAUCAACUUGUAUAUGGAUAUCUUGAAUCUGUUCCUGUACAUUCUGCGUAUACUGAACGAAUUAAAUAGGAAUUAAAUGUGUGUGAGAUAUGCCCUUGUUGUGGCAGUCGCAAGUUAAAAACCAGUCGACAUUUUUCUUUUUAGGACCCCGUUUGGGAGUAACGUAUCACCAUUCCAUUUUGUUUUUAAAUUGACUAUUAAGAGGCAUGGCCAGUUAAUAAAUUUCAUUGGGUAAGGACCUUAAGACAAGAUUCAAAAUUUAGUGGGACCUUUUUUGCAUCUACGAACUAGUAUGAGAAAUAAUAUCUAGUGACUGCCACAAAUCACUCAAUGGGCAAUAUUCCUUAGAGUUUGCAUUCGGCACGCCUUAGUGAAUGUUCUGUCCUAUAUGUUUGAUAGAUCACACUAUGAGUAUUAUUAUUAUGUAUGCCGCUCCCACAAAAUAUAAGUACUGACGAUUAGAUUAAUUUUGAAUCGACUUUGUAAAUAACUUUAAUUUCAAUGAAGUAAGGUACAAAAUUGCACAAUCUCGUGUAUAAACUGCAGUUCCAUCUUGCAGUUUUAGAGUCCGUUUGUACCUGCAUAUUAUAAACAAUAUAUUUUAUGUGUAUAAAUUCACACCUGAAGAGGUAUAAAAUACAAGUAAAAUUACAUAUAUCUAUAAAAUCUAGUGAAGAAUUUAUUUAAAAUUUCAUAUUAACACGAUUCGUGUUCCAUACAGAUUCAGCAUGAUCUCGACAUAAGUAGAAGCCCUAAUUUUUUCCCUAAAACAACAAAAUGUAUGCAAAAUGCAUUUAAAAUUGUUAAUAUUAUGUAUUGUAAUUUUAUGUGACUGGGACGGCUGUGAAAUGUUUAUUUUUGUUGAAUUUUAUGACGGUCCUUACAAAUAUAUUGUGUUAACCCGUUGCCUAUUUCGCUUGGUCGAAGGAAAUUCCUUUUUACCCCCCUUUUGUUUUGCGACACCAUAUUCACUUGUUUUGCUGAUGUUCAUAUGUUUAUCACAAGACUACAGCAAAACAAUUGUAACUUGUUGUAACCCACUCAAAGGGGAUUUAGGACUGUCAAAUGGUUAAUAUCUUUAAACAAUAAAAUUGCAGCUUUUUAGUAGACCAAGUAAGAUAGACAACGAGUUAACGCUCCAAGUAUUCAUGAGUAUUAUUUUGUUAAAUAUACAUAUUUCAAAACAUACUUUUGUAAAAUAAGCGUGGUAAUUAAUGUGUCACACGUCUUGAAUAGAAUAGUGUAUUUCUCAUGAAUAUUAGCACAAAAAUAAAUGUGUACUGUAACCGCGUGUUGUUGGAUAAUAUAAAUAAAAUCUUUAUUUUA